AAAUCGAAUGUUUUUCCCGCAGGGAGGCAAGCGACGUGUUUAGGUUUAGAGUUGUUCUGUUUUCUCCUCGUACUGUACAACAAAAGACCACAGCAGGAAAUCUCCCCUCAUUUUAAACCCGUUUAAGGCUUCACAAUGGACGUCACAGUUUCAAGAAGAAACCACACCUUUAAGAAAGGAAACAAGGAAAAUGCUCAGCCUGCAUAUGGAAGCAAGUCUUUUAUCAAUAGAGAUAAAACGUCUGCUGCUCCCUUCCAACUGAAAAGCAACAAAAAAGAGGAAACCUUUGCAAAAAGUGGUCCUGUUAAAGCCAAAGCCAAGCAGGUGGACACAAGGUCAACGUCUGGUGAAGCUCUAAAAAAAGUAAAGACUGUGCAGAGAGACGUGAAAGGACCUACUGACGUCAAACAAACACAUAGCCAGGCCUUCCUCACUGAACAGGCUGUGAAAGACAAAAGAAUAGUUGCAGAAGCUCCAAAACCACCAGCUGCUGUGCCAUUAUCCAAACCACCUCCGGGCAUGUACAAAGGCAAGAUUGUCCAGUCAAAAAUCGGAUCCAUUUGGAAGUCAAGCGCCACUGUGAGUGGGGCGGAUCUCAAACCAUCAGCACCCAGAACGGAGAGCAAACUGGUUGGAAAUUUGACAAAAAUCAGGUCCAAAUCUGUUGCUGACCUGCCUGGGCAUGGCACCCAAAGAACCACACAGACAAGGUCAAAGUCAGUCUUGGAUAGACAGAUGUCCAAGCCUGCCGCCACCAGCCAUCCACCUGCUGGAUUCUACUCUGCUCGCCCUCCUGCUAGAACCGUCCCAGCAACCCUAACCAGUACCAGCUCCAGGAACACAAAAGUGGCUCCCACUCAGAGAAGAGGGACCCAGAACUCUAAGUCAAAGAUCCCAGUGAAUGACAAGAAAGUCAACAAAAUUCCUGUCCCAAGCACCCUCAGCCACUACAAAUUUACCGUGGAGACUGCUGAGGAAAGAAGAGCGAAACUGGCAGAGUGGCUAGCUUCCAAGGGCAAGACUUUCAAGAGACCAGCCAUGACAACAGCAGCACCUUCAAAACCCAAAGUCUCUGCAAAACCUGAAGCUGAUCUCAAACCUCAGUCUCAUGCUGAUCCUCAGCCAGCUGCACAGUGCAAACCUGAACCCAGUGUGGAAGCACACGAGUCGGACUCUGCUGCUGCUCACUGUGCAGAUACCCAGGGAGCAGGGUUAAUGAUACACAGCCAAACACCAGUGAUCAUGAACACCACCCUGGACUUGCUUGAAAACUCUGAUGAAAACCUGCCUGUUGACCCACAGGACAGAGUGGAUGAUGUAAGGAAACAGAUUGUUGUGAACCUGUGUGAUGUUUUGGAGGCCAUGGAGCUGAAGAAUGAAAUGUCUGGGCAGCCAAAGGUUGAGCAAGUGAAGGAGAAAGGAGAAGACAGUGAUGACCCGGAAGACGAGACGGAUGUCGAGGAAGUAGAAAGUGAUGAGGGUGUGAUGGAGACGACGCCACAGAUGGAGGAUGCUUCAGUAGUGAAGUACAGCGUAAAAACCACUCCAUACCUGCAAAGUGUCAAGAAGGCAAUUGCAGAUGAUGCCAGUAGAAGUACAUCCAGGAGAAAGAGCAACAUCAAAGAUCUUAAGUUUCUGACACCUGUGCGCCGUUCCUGCCGCAUAGAACGCAAAUCCACCCGUCUGCCGACGAUGUUGGUGGAUCAUGAUCCCUGUGUGUCGUCAUUAGCUGAGCUGGUGAAGCUGGAUGAUGAUGAUGACGCCAAUGCCUACAUCUACAGAAAAAACCCUGCACUUCUGGAAGAUUUGCCAGACCAGCCCAGACUGUGAGGAGCUCGGUAUGCCUGUGUGGUUUAAAAAAAAAAAUCCUUCAGAAAUGUUUGGGACUGGAGCUAAUGGACACUUUAUACCGUUACUUUUCAAAUGGUUUUACUUACCUAAAUGCAUCUGAGCAAUUAAUUUUCACUGAAAUCAUUUUAGCUUGUUCCUUUCUUGCUCCAGUGAAAACCCAAUACUAUUAAUUUUAACAUAACAUUGACAUGUAUUGCCAACUGCACUACAAUAAAAUAUUGCUUUAUGUAAAA